AUGAAUUCAAAGCUCCCCACUAUCUCGAAUCUCCUGAACUACAAGGGCAAAGCUCGACAGGAACCAGUACCACAACCAAGAGCUUUAGUCCAAAACACAAGACGACAACCUACCGGUGGAACCUACGCGUCCUCCUCAAAUGCUUAUUCAACUCCACCAGACAUAGGAAAAGGGAAGAAGCGAGCGAGGUCACCCACCCCACAACCCACCAGGCCAGCCAAGAAACGUCGAACGAAAGACGAUAUCAGCAGCAUCCGCGACCGCUUCAAUAGGGAAGCCAUAAAACCGAUGAUCAGUGAUCUAGUCCGACGCGCUCGUACCCGCAUCCAUCAGCUCGAAGUUGAAAUGUUCUAUUACAAUCCUGUCUUCAAUGCAACAGACAAUAAAUAUUACUUCACAGCUUUCCUACCGCUGAAAUUGUACGAACACAUGUUUGAAAAAGCGGACGAAGACGCGGGCAAAGAAAAGUGGUGAUUUAUAAGUGGCGAAGGGUUCUGGAAUGAUUCUGUUAUCAUCCGGGUGGGAUGCUCCUCCGAGUACUUCGAAACCGUCUUCGCUCAAAAAGUCUAUUACAGUCAAUAUGUCCAAGUCGGAGAGAGGCUUGGUGGCGGCUGGUACAGAACCUAUGAGUUUACAAGACCCCAAGAGCCCCUGGCUGAGCGCGAUGAUGCUGCUUUGGCGGCGGCCCUGACAAUGGCCAUAAACGCGAAACAUUUAAAUACCAUCGACCCUUCUCUCGGAAGUUGGGCUCCGAUUGGAGAGCUUGCCCUUCAAGAUUAUGACGGAGUCAUAAGGGAGGUUGGGGCCUGUGAUUUCUUUUAG